UGGACAAGCACUGGUAUCGAUCUGCGCACGUACGAAACCAUGUUCAAAUCAGCUCUGGCUCCGACGAUCAGUCUCGCUGCAUUCCAAGGCUCUGGCUGGGCCAACUUCUUCACCACCCUUGGCUACCUGGUCAUCAUCAUGACAAUCCUUCCCGUGGUGAUCAUGCCGCGGAGCAAGUUCCUUCAGACAAUGCUUAUAAGCGUGAUAUUCGUGUCUCUGGCAUCUAGCAUCUCGCUUUUGGGCAUCUACUGCAUGGUCACGGCGCGGAUCAAUACCACUGGAGAUCAGAUACCUGGCCAAGGUGGAGCUGGAACGAGUGGUCUCGCGACACAAGGAGCCGCUACAGCGGGAUAUAAUUCGUCGGCAUCGGCCGUUGCGGGAGUUUGGUUGUUCUUCCAGAUAUUCAUUGUGAGUGUGCUCCGAGCCAGGCUACCUCAGUACAAUGUCCCAUGUAUUAUGUGGGCCGUUGUCGCAAACAUCGCGUGUAUCUAUGGACCGCAAUUCAACACCAUGGUUCAGGGGGAGGCUUUCGUUCGACGACUCUUGCUCGCAUGCUUUACUGGUUUUGGAAUUGCCACAGGGGUAUCGCUGCUAAUAUUUCCGUUGACAAGCCGCGUGGUAUUCUUCAAGGGCAUGGCCGGCUACAUUGCCUCACUUCGAAGUGCACUACAGGCCAACCUGGACUAUAUGCACAGCCUGGAGGAAGACGAUCCUUUUACUGUAGCGAGAACGAACACCAUUGGAGAUAGGCCGCCCAAGAGCGAAAAGGCAAAGGUGUUCAAACAGAAGUUGGCUGGCCUGACCGCGGUUCAUGCAAAGCUCUCGACCGAUUUGGCCUUUGCAAAGAGAGAAGUUGCAAUCGGUAAACUUGGCCCCGACGAUUUGCAGGAAUGUUUCCGACGCCUUCGCGCGAUCAUGAUUCCGACCAUGAAUCUCAGUUGCAUGGCAGACAUAUUCGUACGUGUGGCAGAAGAGAGAGGUUGGGACAGUUCGCUCGAUAUGGCUCAGGCAUCGGUCGAGGACGCAGCAAAUGCCGAUGAGAAGAUCCGGAUUGAGACCGUUCAAGAAUGGCACGAACUCAUGAAGUACUUGCGAGAACCCUUCAAUGCAAUCACAGCCACACUUCUCGACGGAUUGGAUCAUAUUGCUAUCACUCUCCAGCUCGCUCCAAAGCCAAAAUCAGACGACGUCGAAUCGAGUGGCUCAGAACCGAGACCUGGCGAUGAGGCAUUUGCAGUCUCAUACGCACGACGCAGGCUGGAGUUCCUCAAGAGCAAGGAGAUGAUGCUACGCGGAUGGUGCAAUAUACACGACAUCAACCUUCCAGAGGACUUUUUUUCAAAUCCAGACGCCGACUUCGAUGCUCCUAAAUGGAUGCAGGAGGGCUCCCUGACAGAGCCUCACAGACAGCUUCGAAAGCAGUUGUAUCUGUGUCUAUAUAUGGAAUUUCUUCUCAUCAAUAUCGGUCGUCGUGUGGGCCAUCUGAUCAAGGUGGCCGAUGCUUUCAAGGCCCAUGGCAAGCUAAGCAGAAGUCGCCUUGUUGUACCAGGCUACAAGCGGAUGAGGAAGUGGUUUCGAAGUCUCUUCAACAAUAGGACGGACACUGCCGACAAUGAGGAGCUUCAUGGAGAUGGUAACAACAGCAAUACUGUGUACCUGGGCAGCGCGUACUCGAAGAGGCGCGAUGCAGAACACCUACCGCCAGCAAACGCCUGGGAGAAGUUUGGCGACAAACUUCGUUGCAUUCCAUCUUUCUUCCAGUCCUCCGCAGCAUCCUUCGGCUUCCGCGUCGCCUGUGCGACUCUCACGAUUGGUAUCGUUGGGUUGCUUCACGACACACAGACGUUCUUCACCAAGCAACGUUUGUUCUGGGCUCAGAUCAUGGUGUCCAUCGCCAUGAGUCCUUCGGCUGGACAGAGUUUGAGAGGGUUCUUCUUGCGUAUAGCUGGAACUUCCGCUGCACUUGUUGUCAGUUGGAUCGCAUGGUAUAUUGGAGAUGAGCACACGGCCUCUAUCAUCGUCUUCUACUUCAUCUUCUUACAUGGAUUCGCGUGGGUCAUGGUAAAGCAGCCGGCCUAUAUCCCGGGUGCCAUGAUUGGACAAAUCACAAUGUCCUUGAUUGUCGGAUAUGAGCUACAGGUCCGCACUCUCGGAGUUGCGGUGGCGACGUCUAACGGACAGGCAUACUUUCCGGUCUAUGAACUAGGGCCCAUUCGGCUGGCUACAGUGCUUGGAGGGAUGUUCGUCGGAUGGAUCUUUACUUGGUUUCCUUACCCCAUCUCUGAGCACAACCUUGUCCGCAAGAAUCUCGGCUCCGCAUUGUACCUCCUGGCCAACUACUACUCCGUUAUGCACGAGACAGUAGGACUUCGGCUUCGAGAUGAGCAAGGCGACAUGAGCAACAAGAAUAGUCCAGGUCGCAAGUUGGAGAAGGCUCGCAUGAAGCUCUAUUCAAAAACAAACCUGAACAUCAAUGGAUUACGGACCCAAGCUGCGUUUCUAGCCUGGGAUGUACCGAUCGGCGGACGGUUUCCGCAGGAGCGCUACCAACGUCUCAUCACUAGAAUGCAAUCCAUCCUGAACUUCAUGUCGUUGGUGAGCGUGGCAUCACAGAGCUUCACUGAAUUGCGAGAGGACGGCGGCAACGAGCACGGUCUGAAAUGGCUGGCCGGUUUCCAGAAGCUCGUCACUGAGGCCAGCUACACUUCCGAGCAGGUCACGACGCUACUUGCUCUGCUCUCCGCAUCUGUCACGACCGAGCAAGCUCUUCCACCGUACCUCCGCGUGCCAGAGCCCUAUGGUCUAUCACAGAAGCUGCAAGAAAUGGACAAGGACAUCCUCAGCGUACGCCACAUUGCGGAACCUGGAUAUGCGAGCUUUGCGGUCGUCCAGAUUGGCACGAAAUACAUCCACGAGGACUUGAAGGCGCUGGUGGAGGGAGUCAAGGAGCUGGUUGGCGAGCUCGACUUUUCGUACCACAUCGUCUCUACAGCGGAUCCAUCUCGAACGAAGUCCGAAGAGACU